CGAGUCCGAAUAUUCUCUCUUGCCGCUUCGUUGAACCCUAAUUCCCCUCACCUUCUCCUCUCGAUGAUCGAUCUCGCAAACCGUUCCUCUAUUUCUUCCUAAAAUUCUGAAUCGUUGUUGCUACCAGGUUCAUUUUGAAUUCAUUCCUUGGAAGAUUGCUGCAAAAUGGAACCGAGAGUGUUCGUUAUCCGGGUACAUAUGAGAAGGUCGCUUCGCUAGAAAUGUUCUCUUUUGAAAUAGAACAGCCAUGGAGUAUGGUUCUGAUGAUAGCAGUGGAACUGAUGAUGAUCUUCCACCAUCACAUUAUAAUAAGGGUGUGAGAGGACCUAUCAGAGGAAAUGGAAGAACUAUAAUUAGCGCUUUUCGAUACUCUAGGUUGCAGAAUGAUAUGGAGAUACAAAUACAUAGAAUUGAACAAGAAGCAUACAGUUCAGUAUUGCGAGCAUUUAAGGCUCAAUCCGACACCAUUACUUGGGAGAAGGAGAGUCUUAUUACUGAGCUCAGAAAGGAGCUGAGGGUCUCAGAUCAAGAACACAGAGAACUAUUAAGCAGAGUUAAUGCUGAUGAUGUGAUUCAGAGGAUAAGGGAAUGGAGGCAGGCAGGUGGAGUCCAAUCUGGAAUCGGUACUAAUGCUCAGCCAGAUGUAACUGUACCGAAUCCUACUGUAUCAGCAUCUCGAAAGAAGCAGAAGAUUUCUCAGUCUCUACCUUCUCUGUUGUUAGGUGCAUCGUCUCCGGGUUUACACACACAAUUUUCUGCUUCUAUGCAGCCAUCACCAUCAACUGCAAAGAAGGACAAUAGUCUAGGAACUAAAGGAAAGAAGACAAGAUCAGGUGGGACAACACCUGGUUUGUCUUCAGCAGCAAUGCAAUACCUUGCUAAUGGAAGGGGCCAAGUGGCCAAUAGGAGUACAUCUGGUUCACUUAUUGCAGGUCAACCUGCUGAACCACCAUCGUUUGAUCCACUAAUUGGACGAAAAGUUAGGACUAGAUGGCCUGAAGAUAAUAACUUCUAUGAAGCUGUUUUAGUUGAUUAUAAUCCUGUUGAGGGUCUGCAUGCUUUAGUUUAUGAUAUUGGAACACUUAAUGAGACAUGGGAAUGGGUCAACCUUAAAGAGAUUUCUUCUGAAGAUAUAAUAUGGGAAGGUGAUUAUGAUGACCCAGGUACUUUUCAUCAGUCUAGUCAAGGUUUACCUACUCGAGGGGUUAAGAAGACCACACACCACGUUUAUGUACCUGGUGUAGGAAGAGGUUUUCUGAACAAUCAGAAGAAAGAAUUAUCUGCAUCCCAAAAUGCAAUUGACAUGAAGAACAUUAGUGAUAUGGAAAGAAUUGGCACUGACAUUUUAGUAAAGGAAGUAGAGAGGCUUCUUAGUGCAACUAAUCCUGAUCCUCAAGAGUUUGAUAAAGCCAAAAAAAUGUUGCGAGAGCAUGAGCAAGUAUUGAUUGAUGCAAUUGCACAAUUAGCUCAAGUAUCUGACGAUGAAAAUGACAAGACUAAUUGUCAGUUAACUCAUGGCCUAACUCUGGACCAAGAUCCAGAAAGGAGGAAUCAACAUUAUGACAAGGAAAAUGACCUUGCUGUUGAAGAAAGGGAAGGCAUUGUGGGCAAUGAAUUGGUCACUGAUAUUUCUUGAGGUCACCGGUACUAAGGGAAUGAUGACUUAUUUUUUGUUUUUUUUUAUCAAUAAGCAUGUGUUAUAACUUUUUUUUGUUUUAUCAAUAAGAUAUAUUUGCUAGUUGUUAGGAUUUGCUUCUUUUCUAGCUGACAUCUCUUUGAUGGUGGUUGUAUUUAGCAGUAUAAGUUUCUUCAAACGAGCAUGCUGGGCAAUUAUUUAUGCCAGCUUUUGGAGAGUGGGAUGUCAAUCUCAACAGGUGUAACCUUUUGUUAAUUUGGAGUUAAAUUAAUUGUUGCGGUUCUUGUUUAUUAACAAGUGGUGAUCGCUGGGACUGAUGAGAAAUAGCUGAGAUCAUUUAGUAUGCAAUAAUCAGUAUGUCUUUUGCUGAAAUAUUAUUAUUCUAUUAGUUUUUGUAAUUGAACCUUUAGUUUUGUUGCCAAGUUGAGUGAUAUCUUGAUUUUUGUUAUCAA